AUGGGAACGUCUAGUUCAACACUGGAUGUAGGGAAGGCGUUACAUUCCCUCCUUGAGGAUGAUGUAAUAGACAACAAGGUCUUUUCCUUAUUGCUAGAAACCAGUCUUUCUAACACAGAAUUAGAACGUGGAGUUCCAUUUUCUGAUUUAAGAACUAUGAGACACUUUUAUACAAAGAACUUUGCAAUGUUAUUAUUUAAAUGUAUAGAAGUUAUAGCAAACGUUGUGGCUAUUCAUCAAGAAUCAAAAGAAAUUACUUCAGUUAUGGCAGAAAGACUUCAAAAUGCCAUUCGUUUACUAAGACGAAUACUUCCUAUUGCCAUGGAAAGCGGAAAUACGGUAUCUACAGAAGAAUUGGAGGAUUCCGAUAAGAAAACUGUUCCUAUUCAACAACCGGAAGAGAAUAAAGAAGAAGAAACUUCUACUGAUAGAGUAAAAAAGAGAAAAGUACGAACACGUUUUACGAGUACAUUUGUGCAUUCAUUUUUUGUUGAAAAUCUCGCAUGUGAUGAUAACACUCCAUUACAAGUACUACCACAACUUCCCCUUGCAAAUCCUAAUAUGCCUAUUGCUAAAAUUCUAGGUCGAUUAUUAGUAGAUUGCUGUUUUAUUAGAGGUUUAACAUUGCCUACUGAAUCUACUACUACAAGACCUAGUAAAACUCACCCAUUUGUUGAUGAAUCACUUCUUUGGUAUACUGGAGUAGGUGGAGGAAGUACCACUAUGAGUGUAAAUGCUACAUCACACACUUUACGUUAUGAACUUCUUUUUACACUUACUGUAUUUCUCUCAUAUCCGUUACAUUUUACUAGUGGGGAAAGAGAUACUAUAUUUACUGAACCAUUAAUUAACGUAAAUGAUACACCACUUUUACCAACAUUAGUUGCAUCUGCUUUAAAUGCAUUACUUUCUUACGUACCCUUUGGUCUUCUCCCGUAUUCAAGUCACUGGGUGGGACCAGAGGAAUUGGUAGUUCAGAUGAGUGCCCGUUUCUUAUGUGUUGUGAUUUGUUAUCCAGGAGCUCCAUUACGUGAUGACUCGCAAAACUCCCAUACCUUUCUGACUAAUGAAACUAGUGACAAUAGAGAAGAGAAGAAAAAAAUAGUUAAUGAAGAAAAUAAUGAAGUAAGAAAAGAAUCUGAUGUAUUACCACGUAUUCAAGUAGUACAUAGUGGAAGGGAACUUAUUCAUUCAAUUACUGCUGAGGAAGCUCGAGAUAUUGUAGUUCGUCUACAACCCAUUAUUAGUUUAAAGUUAUAUUCAAAUAGAACAUAUUUUCCUGAAUCUCAACGUUCCUUUACAGUACAAAAUGAAUUUAUGAUGUUACUUUGGAGAUUAAUUGAUUUAUCUCCUGAGUGUGUUUUGGCUUUUGGACAGGAAAAGGAGGUAUUAGGGUAUAUUUUACCUCUCGUAGAUUACGCUAUUGAUGCAAGACGUAAUCCACAAUAUUUUCCUCAUCUUCAACUCGUUCUAUUUGUUUUGCUUCGUCUUAGUGGAGCUAGAACUUUUUGUUUACAAUGUAAUACCACAUUUCGUGAGUACAUUCCUUUUGAGUUUGAUUCAUUUGUAGGAUCAUAUAAUGAUCUUAUUAUUAUUAUGUUAUGUUCUUUUUUAUUGAUGAACCAUGAAAUGAUACGUCCUCUUCACGCCACUUGUAGUGCCAUUAUAUCGAAUCUUGCACCUUUUGUUACCACUAUUAGUCCUAUCACUUCAAGUAAACUGAGUGAUGUAUUUACUUCUGUUGCGACGAGAUGUCUCGCCUAUGAGGUCCAAUCAACAGUUAUAGAAAAUCCAGUUAAUACUGCAGAUGUGAUAACGGAUCAAGUGGUAAUGUUAAAUAUUGUUGAGGCGGUUGCUAGUAUAUUACAAUAUCAUGAAUUAGCGGCUAAACCUUUACUAGCUUCAUUUAUGGAAAGAAAAAGUUUAGUAACUGCCGUUUCGGAUGUAUUCUUGACAUCUAAACAUGAUCACUUUCGUAUUCCUCUCUCCUCACCAUUUUUGAUCACAACUAUCAGUGCGGCUAUUACGGCGGUAGAGGCCACUAUUAAAAAGGUACAAACAACAGAAGAAGAUUUAGUUGCGGCUAUUGAUAGUAUUACUUUAGUGGGUGCUCUACCAACUCCACACCGUAUUGUGGUGAAACGUCUUAACUCCACAUGGCAAAUUGAGCGAUGGGCAAUAGAAACGAAUUGGUCAUCACUCUAUUCAUAUACAGCUCCUGGCACAUUUGGAGAUAAAUAUUCAAUAAAAAUGUUGCGAUUUGCCUAA